AUGUCUGAGAAGGAAACAUCUUCUAAAUCAGGCGCUGAUGACUCAAAUUCAAUGAAUGGGUCUCUCGCAGAUUCCGUUCAUUCCUACGAGGCUUACGAAGGUGCAGGCCCAGAUAUCGAAGACCAAGGUAACGAGUCGCAAUUGUCGCGUCAUCUUUCUCACAUCCUUUCCAAUGAAGAAGGUAUUAAAAGACUGGAAUCCCUAGGGAGAGUCAUCUCUACUAAGACUAAAAAACAAAUGGAUUCAUUCGAAGUCGACGAAAUGGAUUUCGAUUUACGUGCUCUAUUGAACUAUUUAAGAUCGCGUCAAUUGGAACAAGGUAUCGAACCAGGUGAUUCGGGUGUCGCUUUCCGUAACCUAACCACUGUGGGUGUAGAUGCUUCCGCUGCUUACGGUCCUUCCGUUAGUGAAAUGUUAAGAGAUAUCGGUUCUGCUCCUGCUAGUAUCUUCAAAAAAAAUGGUAACGUUCCAUUGAGAAACAUCAUCCAGAAUUGUACAGGUGUUGUUGAAUCUGGUGAAAUGUUGUUCGUUGUCGGUAGACCAGGUGCUGGUUGUUCCACUUUCUUAAAGUCUAUCACUGGUGAAACUGAAGCUUUUGUUUCUGUUGACGGUGAUUUCUCUUACGACGGUUUAGAACAAGAAGAAAUGAUGAAGAAAUAUAAAGGUUACGUCAUUUACUGUCCUGAAUUGGAUUUCCAUUUCCCAAAGAUUACCGUUAAAGAAACUAUAGAUUUCGCUUUGAAGUGUAAAACUCCUCGUGUUAGAAUCGAUAAUAUGUCUCGUCAAGAAUAUGUCGAUAAUUUAAGAGAUUUAUGGUGUACCGUGUUCGGUUUAAGACAUACCUACGCUACUAAAGUCGGUAACGAUUUCGUUAGAGGUGUCUCUGGUGGUGAACGUAAGCGUGUCUCUUUAGUCGAGGCUCAAGCUAUGGGUGCCUCCAUCUAUGCUUGGGAUAAUGCCACUAGAGGUCUAGAUGCCUCUACAGCUUUAGAAUUCGCUCAAGCCAUUAGAACUGCUACUAAUAUGAUGAACUCUUCCGCCGUCGUCGCCAUUUACCAAGCCGGUGAAAAUAUUUAUGAAUUGUUCGAUAAAGCUACUGUCUUAUACAACGGUAAACAAAUUUUCUUCGGUCCUGCUGAUAAAGCCGUCGCUUACUUUGAAAAGAUGGGUUGGGUUAAACCAAAUAGAAUGACAUCUGCUGAAUUUUUAACUUCUGUUACUGUCGAUUUUGAAAAUAGAACUUUGGAUAUUAAACAAGGUUACGAAGAUAAAGUUCCAAAAUCCGGUGGUGAAUUCGAAGAAUAUUGGUUAAACUCCGAAGAAUAUCAAGAUGUUCUAAGACAAUACGAUGAUUACCAUGCUAGACAUCCAGCUGAAGAAACUAGACAAAGAUUCGAAUCUGCUAAAAAACAAAGAUUACAAAAGGGUCAAAGGGCUUCUUCUCAAUACGUCGUCAACUACUGGCAUCAAGUUUGGUACUGUAUGGUACGUGGGUUCCAAAGAGUUAAAGGUGACUCCACUUAUACUAAGGUUUAUCUGUCCUCUUUCUUAAUUAAAGGUUUGAUUGUUGGUUCGCUGUUCCACAGAAUCGAUGAUAAGUCCCAAUCUACUACUAAAGGUGCUUAUUCUCGUGGUGGUAUGUUAUUCUAUGUCCUGUUAUUCGCAUCUGUUACUUCCUUGGCUGAAAUUGCUAACUCUUUUGCUACUCGUCCAAUUAUCGUUAAACAUAAAUCUUAUUCGAUGUAUCAUUUAUCCGCCGAAUCUUUACAAGAAAUUUUAACUGAAUUCCCAGUUAAAUUUGUUGCUGUCUUAACUUUAUCCUUGGUCACUUACUGGAUUCCUUUCAUGAAAUACACUGCAGGUGCUUACUUCCAAUAUUUACUAUAUUUGAUCACUGUUCAACAAUGUACUUCUUUCAUUUUCAAAUCUGUUGCUACUUUAACCAAAGAUGGUGCUACUGCCCAUGCUCUUGGUGGUCUAUGGGUUUUGAUUCUUUGUGUCUAUGCCGGUUUCGUUCUUCCAUUACGUGAAAUGCAUCAUUGGAUCAAAUGGAUUCAUUGGUUAAACCCUCUAAGUUACGCCUUCGAGAGUUUAGUCUCCACUGAAUUCCACGGUAGACAAAUGAAAUGUAGUGCUCUGGUUCCAUCAGGUGUCGGUUAUGAAAACAUUACUAUUGCUAAUCAAGUCUGUGAUUCACCAGGUGCUAUUAAAGGUCAUGAAUUCGUUGGUGGUGAUGACUAUAUUAGAGCUCAAUACCAUUACGAUUACUCCCACGCUUGGAGAAACUGGGGUAUUAACGUUGUUUGGACUUUCUUCUAUAUCUGUUUCAAUGUUGCUAUGUCUGAAUUUAUCAAGCCUUUGGAAGCUGGUGGUGAUCUGUUACUUUACAAGAGAGGUCAUAUGCCAGAACUUGGUACUGAAAAUGCCGAAGCUAAGACCGCUUCCAGAGAAGAAAUGAUGGAAGCUCUAAACGGUCCUGAUGUUGAUUUACAUGCUGUCAUUGAGAGUAAGGAUGUUUUCACAUGGAAUCAUCUAGAUUACGUUAUUCCUUACGAUGGUGCUACUAGAAAAUUAUUAAGUGAUGUCUUUGGUUAUGUUAAACCUGGUAAGAUGACUGCUUUAAUGGGUGAAUCUGGCGCUGGUAAGACUACUUUGUUAAAUGUUUUGGCUCAAAGAAUCAACAUGGGUGUUAUCACUGGUGAUAUGCUUGUCAAUGGUAAGGAUCUACCUGCAUCUUUCAAUAGAUCUUGUGGUUACGUCGCUCAAGCUGAUAACCAUAUGGCUGAAUUGUCUGUUAGAGAAUCUUUAAGAUUUGCUGCUAAAUUAAGACAACCUCAAUCUGUUGCUCUAGAAGAAAAAUUGGAAUACGUCGAAAAGAUUAUUACACUUUUAGGUAUGCAAAACUACGCUGAAGCUUUGGUCGGUAAAACUGGUAGAGGUCUAAAUGUCGAACAAAGAAAGAAACUGUCUAUUGGUGUUGAAUUGGUCGCUAAGCCUUCUCUAUUGUUGUUUUUAGAUGAACCUACUUCUGGUCUGGAUUCUCAAUCUGCUUGGUCUAUUGUUCAAUUUAUGAGAGCUCUAGCUGAUUCUGGUCAAUCUAUUUUGUGUACUAUCCAUCAACCUUCUGCAACUUUAUUUGAACAAUUCGAUAGAUUGCUAUUACUAAAGAAAGGUGGUAAAAUGGUUUACUUCGGUGAUAUUGGUGAAAAUUCUAAUACUUUGUUAAAUUACUUCGAACGUCAAUCUGGUGUCAAGUGUGGUAUUUCUGAAAACCCCGCUGAAUAUAUGUUGAACUGUAUUGGUGCUGGUGCAACUGCUAGUGCAACUGCUGACUGGCAUGAUCUAUGGUUGGAUUCUCCUGAAUGUGCUGCUGCUAGAGCUGAAGUCGAGGAAUUACACAGAACUCUACCAUCGAGACCUGUUAGUGAUGAUCCUGAACUGGCUACUAAAUUUGCCGCUUCCAUGUUAACUCAAUACAAAUCUGUUAUUACGAGAACUUUCUUACAAUUCUGGAGAUCCCCUGUCUACAUUAGAGCUAAAUUUAUGGAAUGUGCUACUUGUGCAUUGUUUAUUGGUCUUUCUUACGUUCGUGUCAAUAAUUCUGUUGGUGGUGCUGUCGAAGCUUUCUCUGCUGUUUUCAUGUUACUACUGUUAUCUUUGGCUAUGAUUAAUCAAUUACACGUUUUCGCUUUCGAUUCAAGAGAAUUAUAUGAAGUCAGAGAAGCUGCGUCAAAUACUUUCCAUUGGAGUGUUCUGCUAUUAUCUCAUUGUUUAAUUGAAUUAGGUUGGACCAUGUGUUGUCAAUUCGUGUGUUGGUUCUGUUACUACUGGCCAGCUGGUUUUAAUGGUAGUGCUCCUGAAGCUGGUUAUUUCUGGUUCUUAUACGUUUUGAUUUUCCCAAUGUAUUUUGUUACCUAUGGUUUAUGGAUUCUUUACUUCUCCCCAGAUGUUCCAUCUGCUUCUAUGAUUAAUUCUAAUAUCUUUGCUGCUAUGUUGUUAUUCUGUGGUAUCUUACAACCAUCUGAAAAGGCUCCACGUUUCUGGAUCUUUAUGUUCAGAAUUUCCCCAUUCACUUAUGUUGUUGAAGGUCUAGUAGGUCCUGAAAUUCAUGGUAAAAAGGUCAAAUGUAACCGUGACGAACUAAACAUUAUGGAUCCACCAUCUGGACAAACUUGUGGUCAAUACCUAGAUGCUUAUGCUAAGGGUCACACUGGUUUCCUACUAAAUCCAGAAGCCACUGCUGAUUGUGAAUAUUGUCCAUAUUCUACUCAAGAUGAUGUUGUUGCCCCAUUCCAUGUCAAGUAUCAUCACAGAUGGAGAAACUUUGGUUUCAUGUGGAUUUACAUUUGUUUCAACAUUUUCUUAAUGCUUUCUUGUUACUACAUCAUGAGAGUCAAGGUAUGGAGUUUGAAAUCUGUUCUAGACUUUAAGAAAUGGUUCAAUGGUCCAAGAAAGGAAAGACAUGAGGACAAGCCAAAUGUUUUCCAAUCUACUGCUGCUGAUCAAAGCGCAGUUCAAAAGAAGGAAGCCUAA